UCCACACAACUUGCCUCUUUUUUUAAUGAAUACAAAACAUAUCUUUUGGCGAUUUCAUUAAAUAUAGAAUUCUACACACAUCAAAGAAACGAGAGACAUGUCAAAAUCCGACACCAUCCUUAAACUGUUGCAAGGCUGCAACAGUCUCCAAAGGCUUCAGAAAAUCCAUGCACACGUCAUCACCAACGGUCUUCAACACCACCCCGCCAUUUCCACCAAACUCGUCCACUUCUGCGCUGUCUCGGUUUCUGGCUCCUUGUCCUACGCACAGCUUCUCUUCCAUCACAUUGAUAAUCCUCAAACACAAGCUUGGAAUUCCAUUAUCAGAGGCUUUGCCAAUAGCCCAUCUCCUCUCCAAUCCAUUCUUUAUUACAAUGACAUGUUUUCUUCUUUGGUUUCUCGCCCUGACACCUUUACUUUCUCAUUUGUGCUCAAGGCCUGCGAGAGAGUUAAGGCUGAGAACAAGUGUAGAGAGGUUCAUGGGACUAUAAUACGAUGUGGGUAUGAGAGGGAUGUUGUUGUUUGUACUAAUCUUGUAAGGUCUUAUGUGGGAAAUGGAUUCAUUGGGGUUGCAAAGAAGGUGUUUGAUGAUAUGUCUGAAAGGGACUUGGUUUCUUGGAAUUCAAUGAUUUCUUGCUACUCUCAAGCUGGUUUUCACUACGAGGCGUUGAAGGUGUAUGAUGAGAUGAAGAAUGAGAAUGUGGGUCUUGAUGGGUUUACUCUUGUUGGAUUACUUUCGUCUUGCGCUCACGUGGGCGCGUUGAAUGUUGGGGUUAAUCUGCAUAGGAUUGCUUGUGAAGAGGGGUUUGUGAAGAAUGUUUAUGUUGGAAAUGCACUUAUAGAUAUGUAUGCAAAAUGUGGUUGCUUGGAUGAUGCUUUUUGUGUCUUUGAUAGUAUGCAGAAGCAGGAUGUUUUUACUUGGAACUCGAUGAUUGUUGGGUAUGGAGUGCAUGGUCAUGGGGAUGGAGCAAUCUCUUUCUUUAGGCAGAUGUUGAUGGCAGGAGUUCAACCAAAUUCCAUCACAUUCCUUGGUUUGUUGUGUGGAUGCAGUCACCAAGGCUUGGUUGAGGAGGGUGUUGAGUAUUUCCACAUGAUGAACACGGAGUUCAAUUUGAAGCCUGGAAUUAAGCAUUAUGGCUGCAUGGUGGAUUUGUUUGGACGAGCUGGGAAGCUUGAAAAGGCACUUGAUAUGAUAGGGACUUCUCCCUCACAAGAUGAUCCAGUCCUAUGGCGCACUUUGCUUGGAUCUUGUAAGAUUCACAAGAAUGUGAAAAUAGGAGAGAUUGCCAUGAGGAAUCUGGUUCAGCUUGGGGCAUCAAAUGCAGGGGACUAUAUUCUGCUUGCUGCGAUAUAUGCUGGAGCCAAAGAUACAGAUGGUAUUGCAAAGAUGAGAAAACUGAUCAAAAGCCAGGGAAUAAAGACAACCCCGGGAUGGAGCUGGAUUGAAGUUGGUGAUCAAAUUCAUAAAUUUGUUGUGGAUGACAAGUUACAUCCUGAUUUUAUUGAAAUUUAUCACAAACUGAGAGAAGUAAUCAGUAAGGCUGCUUUGCUUGGUUAUGUGCCAGAGGAGUCUUUACUCUCUGUGGCUGGAUUGAUUACAGAAGAGUGCCUAGAAACUUCCACAUCAUAUCAUAGUGAGAAGUUGGCAAUUGCUUUUGGGUUGGCAAGAACUCCAAAAGGAACAUCUAUACGAAUUGUUAAGAAUUUAAGAGUUUGUAAAGAUUGCCAUUCAUUUACAAAAUAUGUUUCGAAAGCAUUUAAUAGAGAAAUAAUUGUUAGGGACAGAGUUCGGUUCCAUCACUUCAAAGGCGGAGUUUGUUCUUGCAAAGACUACUGGUGAUGACUGAUGAUAGUCAAUUAAAUUUCCCCAAGAAGUAUCCCACGAUUAUCUAGCACCAACACCUUAGGCUUCAGAGGCCAUGCUAUCAUCAGUUGGUUGGUUUUGACAGAGAUUUUUUAUCAAACCUUAUGCUUGUGUAACAUGCGUGAGAUACAGGGGGCCUGGAAUUCACCCUUUCCCAUAUCCUUGGGGAUCUCUCAUAGUGCAUUGGCUCUAAGUUUAUUAGAAUUCCCUAAAGCAAGGGAAAAAUUGCUUUCUUCCUUUUGCUGGUAAUGUUUCCUUUCAUGUGAUAAAGAAGAGAAGUCUAUUCCAAUAGUUAGGCUCAUGGGAUGAUGCAUGGGUGCAAAAAGAUAAACAGAAGAGCUUAAUUCUAUUUUUCGUAUCUAAUUGUACUUACUUUCAUUUGACAACUAACCUUAUGAAUUGUAUGUUUAGGUAUAUUUCUUUACUUGCUGUGUCAGUUGGAUGCUACUUCCAGUAUUUACAUUCUCAGGAAUUCUGUUCAUUUGGUUCAAUCCCUCUGGCCGUGACUGCAAUCCCAAUGUCUCCUUCAUUGUCAUGGCUCUGACACUAGUUUCAUUUGCAGUUAUUGCAUUGCAUCCAGCUGUAAGCAUGACAUUGUUGAGACCCUAAAAGACAUAUAAACUGACCAAGGCAAAACCUUCUUUGGGGCUAAUUCCUGUGUUCAAAGCAUUUUGACAUCAGAAGCAUUGGUCCAAUAGCAGCCAUAUCUACAUUCUACAAAUGCACCUCCCUCCCCUCUAUAGAAGACAGUGCAUCAAUUGAAGUGAAUAUCACCAAGGUUAGUAUUUAAUUUCUUAUUAGUGAAAUAUUGUCGUGUUCAAAACUGGAAGUGACUGCUUUUUGUGUAUACUGAAUUAUUGAGUCUUUUGACUCUAAGAUACCUGACAAGUUUUCUCAUAAUCUCCCAAACUUCUCUUUCCAAACCAAAUUCUCUCUGAUGCCCCAUUCAAUCACCUGUCAUCAAUGUGGCAUCUUGGGUGUUGAAGUCAGGAUUGCAAAGUUCCGUUAUGGAAAAUCUGGUUUUGAAUUGAUAUUUUUCCUUUCACAUGCAUUAGUGAGAUAUAGUCCAUGGAAAUGAAUCAGAGCCCUAUUUUUACAUGUUUGCUGAACAGGCGCUUGUCAAGAAAAAUUAUCCUAAGGGAAUACCAUGAGUGUAUUUUAAAUUGAUUUCUGAUAAGCAGUUUGAGAAUUCCAACAAUUCUGUCUGUGAAAUGUCGACACCUGCACAUGCCUUUUCCAAUAAUACUGUUGGCACAUGCCUGAACUGUUCAAGGACACUUUUUGCGCAUACACAAAACCAUUCAAGGAAUUCCUGAUAGAAGUUCUUAGAAGCCCAGAGAACACCUUCAUAGCAAUGACAAACAAAUAAGGUGAGAUAGGAUCACCGUCUUAACCCCUUUAGCACCCUUAAAACAAAACCUACCUACAAU